UGGUCCUUUGAAGGCGAGGAUCAGCCGAGGAUUAGAGCUGCUCUCUACUGUACAGGUGUAGCGCAUAGAGACCCGCUCUCGGAUAUAUAUAUAGAGAGAGCGGAUAAUGAAUUGACACAAUUUUUUGCCCUCAGCGCAAGGCAACACCGUGCAGAAGUUCUGAAGUGAGGAUCCUUCCAUGGUGAGAAACUGGGGACAGAAUGAGUGUUUCUGCAGUAAAAAACGCUGUGGAUGAGUAUGAGGAUGACUUUGAGAAAGAUCUGGACUGGCUUAUCAGCGAGGAGAGCAAGAGCGAGGAACAGGAUCCAGAUGAUGAUGACAUUGAAGCUCAGAUAGACAAAGAACUGGAAGAAGAUGAUUUUAAAGAUGUGCUGAACCAGCACAAAGAAAUGGAUGAUGAGGAAGGGGGUGAAAGGUGGCCGACGCCUAUGGAGCCAUUAGAGGAUACGGUAGAUCCUGACAGGGACGAGCUUAUAACAUCUCCACACUUACAGAACGACGAUGAAGACCUUGAUGAUGAAAAGAAGUAUAUUUUGGAUAAAAUUCAAGAGGCUAACAAGCAACUCCAGGACCAGGAUCCUCCAGACCAGAUGCGGCGCAGACGCCUCCAGUUUAAAGACACUCUGGUUGACCUGGUGGUUCCUGCUCAUGAGUUUGAUGCUCAAGAAAGCAACAUCGCCUCUUUUGGAGACGUAGAGGAAGAGCAAGAGGUGUCCGGACAAAUGCAGAGACUGAGGAUCUCUCAAAGAGAAGAGAACCAGAACAAGGACGGUCCUGAGGAUGAGCACAAUGAGGGAGGAAAAGAAGGACGAGUUUUAAUUGAAAAAGAUGGAAAGUUUGAUCUGGUGAGUCUUAAGGAAGUAGAAAGUCAAGGGUUGCUUCCUCCAUUGCCAGUUUCUCACAACGACAAUCAACGAGCGCCUUUACGACAAACUGAGUCUGGUCAGCAUCUCAAUAAAAGUCCAGUGUCCUCGCCGAGGCAGAAUUUGACUUCACCUUUUCCCCCAAGUAAUGAAUCUCUGUACAUUCCCAAGCCUCCACCGAAGCACAGAAAUAGGCCUAGUUCUGCCAGGCCGUCCCAAAGGGGAACAUGGGUGCAAGGCACCAAGCGAAGGGUCCAGUCUGCAAAUGGAGCUCCUUCACAUGCCACUUUCACCCUGUCGCCACAGCAGAAAGAAUUACUGGCCAAACUUCAGCAGCGCAGGGAGAGGCAAGCCAAAGAGGAUGAGAUGAAGAAAAGGGAAGAGGAGGAGCAGAAGCGUCAGGAGAAUGAGAUCGCCUUCCAGUCGUGGCUCAUGAGGAAGAGGGAGCAGCUGCUGGAGGAGAGGAGAGUUCACAAAGCCCAGGAAAUGGAGAGGAUGAGCUGCAGGAGGGACUGUGGCGACCCCGAGGAGGCUUUUAAAAUUUGGCUCCAGAAGAAACAAGAACAGCAGUUCAAAGACAAGCAGCUAGAAGACAUGAAGAGACUGGAAAAAGACAGCGGCUUUUGCCUGCAUAGCCGGGAGGAGAGCGAGAAGGCCUUCAGACAGUGGUUGAGACGGAAGCGCUCAGAGAAAAGAGCGGAACAUCAGUUGGCUCGAGAGCGCUCCCGCAGGCUCAUGCUGGAGGAGAGAAGAGCGAGACGCAUGCAUGACCUCCUCUGCACCGUCAAUGAGAUCAAACCCUUCCGAUUUAGCGACCCAUACCGCUACUGAUCACCCCAAACACACACUCAAAAAUAUAUUUUUGCUGCUUGUUUAAACUA